GUAUAUAUAAGACUGGGAAUCAGAAGAUUUUCAGCACAGACCUCCAGACCUUCCUUGAUUAUCCCUGACAAUCAACAGCGACAUGUUUCGCUUCCUCAUCCUCUCUGUGGCUCUUGCCUGGGCCAAUGCUGCUCCCGCUGACAUCCUCAGGGAGAUAUUUCAUUGGAAGUCAGACAAGCCCAUGCCCGAUGGAAGAAUUGUCGGAGGUCAUAAUGCGGAUAUCGAAGACAUCCCAUGGCAAGUGUCCUUCCAGACUCGUAGUGGAUUCCAUUUCUGCGGAGGCUCCAUCAAGGACUCAACCCAUAUCAUCACCGCUGCCCAUUGCUGCGAUGGCCAGUCUGCCAGCAACCUCAGGGUGAGAGCCGGCAGCAACCGCAAAGACCAGGGGGGAACCACUAGCAACGUUGCCUCCAUCAGGAUGCAUGGGAGCUACAAUCCGUGA